AUGAGGAUAAAGAGGACGGGUACGGGAUGGUCUUUGACCGACGCCGCCGGGAACAGCAACAACGACAACAAUCCGAGCGUCGUGAAGGCCGUCCUGACCGCAGUCCUCGCCGCGACUCUCGUCGCGACCGGCGAGGGAGUCGUAGUCCUCCUCGAAGACGAGACGAUCACUACCGACGGCGAUCGUACAGUCGGAGUCCUGGGCGGAGCUCGCGCAGGGAUCAAGAUCGGGAUCGAGAUCGCUACCGGGAUAACCGACGGCAGCAGCGGUAGAAAAAUGUAA